GCGCAAACGCUCUCAUUCGGGCGCACGACGCAAGAAGAAGAAAAAACACGCACACACACACACACCGACACACACUGACACACACGGGGACGAGCAGGGCACACGCACACAUCGCACCAGCAAGCCCAGGAGGGGGACCGCAGUUGACGGUGGAUGGUUCGCCAGUUUUUCACGCUCGCAGGCACCCUCCAAACCGCGAGAGUGUGUCAGGCAGGCCACUCUAUUUGCAAACAUUCGCGCAUUGAUAAAACAAGUGUGUGUCGUCGUCGUCGUUCGCCGUUUUGUCGUCAUCGUACGUGCGGAUAUAUAGAGCACCCGCUGUGUGGUGCCGUACGGUGUGUUGUGCUCGACGGGGCCUGCUGCUGAAAAAACGGAAAAAACGAAAAGCGCUGCAACCAACUCUCGAUGGAACAUGACUUCAGACCGCUGAACAGUACACGAUGGAGCAAUGCAAUAACGAUCGUCCUUGUGUUAUCAGUAGUGGAAACUUUUUUCCCCAGAACUCCAAGAGCAGCAGCGCGAAACAGCAGCAGCAGCAGCAGCAACACACACAGGCAAUCAGCAAGCAUCUAACGCAAAAGGAUGACCCGCACCUGCACAGCCCGCACCACCAGGACCAGUCGUCGCUCGGCGAGAUCGAGGUGAUUCUGGUGCAGCAGCACAAACAGGACGCCCUAUCGGUGAUCAUCCAUCCGCAGGAGAGCAUGCAGCAGAUCAACAUGUGCCUGGGCAGCCAGAACCCGGGCUCGGUCGACUCGAUGAUGUCGUCCGACUUUCAGACGCUCUCGCCGAUGCACGACCGGGACUCGCCGGUCAGCCUCAACACGAACACCUCGUACGCGACGCUCACGCCGCUGCAGCCGCUGCCCCCCAUCUCGACCAUGUCGGACAAGUUCGCGUACUCGAUCGGGGGCAACAUCUGCGAGGCGUUUCCGGGCAUCAACAGCGGCGCGGUCGGCGUCAACAUCGAGAUCAACUCGUGCUACAACCUGGAGAAGCUGGGCGUCAUCCACUCGCCGGUGCAUCUGAGCGCGGUUCAGGAGCUGUCGCCGGACGGCGGCGAUGUGGUGCACUCGCAUCACCAUCAGCAGCACCAGCAGCAGCAGCAGCAGCAGCAACACCAGCAGCACCAGCAGCAGCACCAGCAGCAGCACCAUCACCACCAUCACCAUCAUCCGGACGUGCUGCAGGAGAAGGGGCACGGGCUGAAGGAGCACGGGCUGAAGGAGCAUCUGGCGGGCGGACCGGACAAGGACCCGACGCUACAGGACGCCGACAUCAAGGGCGGCGGCGGUGGUGGUGGUGGUGGCGCUGGCAACGGCGAUCCGUGCAUACUGGUGCGCGGCUCGCCCGGCCUGGACGAUCGGUUCCUCGGGUCGGGGAAGGAGCUGGUGGUGCGGCACCAUCCGAAGGACGACGGGGAGCAGUUUAGCGGCACAGUGCAAUACCUGGAGCAUCCGAACGGGUCGGACGUGGUGCUACACGGCACCGGCAACGGCACCGGCCCCGGCGGAGGUGAUAGCAGCGGCGGCGGUGGAGGGGGCGGCGGCGGCGGCGGCGGCGGCAGCAGUGGCAGCAUCCUGACAGGCAAGGAGCACCACCAGUCGGUGUUUCUUAACAAGUCUUUCAGUUCAAAAACCAACAUAAGCGACCUUAACCUGUGUAAAGAGAUUGUUAUCGACGACGUGUACGAGGAGUCGGAGCUGGACCACGUGAAGCUGGAGGAGAAGAAGCUGGAGGAAUCGUGCAAUCAACCGUUGACCAAUGGCGGAGGGGGCGGGGCCGGCAAGAGCGGGUCGUGCGUGUCGCUCGGCGACGUCGGCUGCCUGAACGGGGACCUGGAGGAGAUCAACACGAAGGAGCUGGCGCACCGGAUCAGCUCCGAGCUGAAGCGGUACAGCAUCCCGCAGGCGAUCUUCGCCCAGCGGGUCCUCUGCCGGUCCCAGGGCACCCUGUCCGAUCUGCUGCGGAACCCGAAACCGUGGUCGAAGCUCAAGUCGGGCCGCGAAACGUUCCGCCGGAUGUACAAAUGGAUACAGGAGCCGGAAUAUCAGCGAAUGUCUGCACUCAGGCUCGCAGCAACUCAAUCGGCGAAACCAGUUAACUCUAAGAAGCCCGAGGAGCCCGAAAACCACGUCAUGAUGGGACACACGAAAAAACCUCGACUAGUCUUUACAGAUCUGCAGAGAAGGACCCUUCAGGCAAUUUUCAAAGAAACUAAGCGGCCUUCAAAGGAGAUGCAAGUUACUAUCGCUCGUCAGCUGGGACUGGAGCCCACGACGGUCGGGAACUUUUUCAUGAACGCACGGCGACGCUCGAUGGACAAAUGGAAGGACGAGUCGAUGAAGGGCCGGAGCAGCAGUAGUGACAAUGUUAUACUAGAGCACCUGAAGGACGAUUCGUCCGACGAGAACCUGGGCUACGAUAGUGCGUUCGUGUCCGGCGACGGUCCGCUGGAGCACAACUAUCAACAGCACGUUCUCAACUAAUGCAAAGAAGAAAAAAAAACAAGCAAAGUAAAAAAAAACUUAAAUCAAUUCCCUUAUUUAAUUUAUAAAUUAACUAGAGAAAAAGAAAAAAACAACAAACAAAGGAAACAACACUAAAGCAAAGACAAAGCAAGGUCACGACUAAGAUUUAGUAGAAACAAGAAGAAAGAAAGAAAAAACAAAAUGAAACAACCCCUCUCUCCUCCCAGGCGUUAAGCAAUAGACGCUUGUGUAACCACUAAGCUAAUGGUUAAGAGUUGGAACACGGUAGCGAUGGUAGUGAAAGAGUUAGAGAGGUAGAGAUAGAAAGAGAGAAUAAAAAAGAUAGAAAGAAAAAUAGAAGAGCGAGAGAGAGAGAGAGAGAAAGCGAGAGCAACAGAGCGGGAAAGAAAUGCUAGAUAAAGCAAAUCAAACAGAAGAAAGAUAGCAAACAUACAAACAAACAAAAUGAACAAAAACAAGCAGCUAACUGAAAUAACAAUAAAACAGACAAACACACACACACACACAAACAUACAAAACACAAACAAGGGUGAAUAAAACUGGAAAAAGGGAGGAAAACAUAAAAAGGAACACGAAAACCACACAACAAAACCGUAACCAAGCACUCAGCAACACGCAUACCAACAGCAACAAACAAACAACCAAACAAAAGGAUACACUUUAUGCCAGAAGUAAUUGCAAACAACAUUAUGUAGAAUUAUUCAGAGUAAUUGGACAAGUAAAAGCAAACUAUAUUGUACGGUGCAAAUUGGCGAAACAAAUAAGUAAAGCAAGGUAGGCAAUGCGCAAUCCUCACGAUAUCUGCAAUCUGGGUCCGAGCGGAGGCUGAGAGCGAACGCGCGAGAAAAUCCAGCAAAAGGGACAGCGGAAGCGAGAAGGUGCAAAUGAUGCGGUCUUACAAAAAGAGAGAAAAAAAUGGAAGAAGAAGUAUAACAAAACAAACAAAAAAUACCAUCGUAGGUGUGUGCUAUCCCAAAAGCAAGCUUGUGAGAUAAUAUCGUAUGAAUUUUUGCGGUUUUGAUUUGCUGAAUUAAAGGACGGUAAUGAAUUGUUUCCCCCAUUUUGUUUCGUUUCGAUCCGCGCCGUAUGAAAACAAAAAAAGGAAGGUAAUAUAUGGCGGGAACGGUAGUUGAAAAAUCGUAUAUGAGCACUUUACAUCAAAACAGUACAUUCCUCUAGCUUUACACGACACUCAUACGAGAGGGAAGAGGAAAAAAAAUACACUCACACAAACACACACAUAUACUAUAUUACGUUACGUGAUAGAUUGGCUUAUUUCAAAAGGAAAGAAAAUACACACACCCAGACAGCAACACUAAAAACACAGCAAACAAACACAACUAAUAAUUAAAUGCCUCCUGUAGUUUGGCUCACUCUCGAAAAGAAAAGCUACCGGAAAACGGAACCUAGCGGAACACAGACAUAAACAGAGCAAAUACAACAACAACAACAACAACAACACACACACAUACACGAACAAAUAGAAGAAAAACCUGCAAUAUGUAACUCAGCAAACAACAAACUAGGAGUAGAGAUUAAAAAAAAAACAAAACAACAAAAAACAAAGCAAACCAGCAGAAUGAUUCCAAAAAUUGUACAUGUACUGUAAAAUUGAAUGCCGUAUCAUUAAAUGAUUUCAAACAAAUAGAGAAGAAAAUGAAAACA